CGUGAGUCAGUGACAGCUAACGGGGUUGUUUAAUUACUGGAUUUCUUUUGGGUUCUGGUCGAUUUAAGGAAAUAUUGUGUAUCAGCCAUGUCCAAAGUAAAGCAUUAGAAUAUUUCAUACAUUAGGUCAACGGACAGUAUUUGAAUAAAAGCUGAAAAUGGCUCUUAACUUAGAGAAACACAAGGAGUCAAUGGUAGCUGCAUGGAGCGAGGUCGUGGAUGACAAGUCCCCGACUAACUGGGCUCUCUUUGGCUAUGAAGGACAAACGAACUGCCUGAAACUCAUCAGCAAAGGAGAUGGAGGUCUCGUUGAAAUGGCAGAAGAUUUUAACAGCGGAAGCAUUAUGUAUGCAUUUUGUCAAGUGCAGGACCCUAAAACAACCCUGCCAAAAUAUGUUCUAAUUAACUGGCAAGGGGAAGGUGCACCUGUUGUCCGGAAAGGCACAUGUGCCAAUCACAUACGAUCGGUAUGUGACUUUCUGAAAGGCAUUCAUGUUACAAUAAAUGCUCGUACUGAGGAGGAUGUCGACCCUAAGCUGGUUAUUGAAAAAGUGUGCAAGUCUACUGGUUCAGCAUACAAUUUCAAGGAACGCUCUAAUCUCAGCAAUUCCAACAAUAGUGGUCCAGUGGGUACUGUAUACCAACGUGUGAAUCCAGGACAAGAAAUAAACUCUAAAGAACGAGAUCGUUUCUGGGAACGUGAAGAACAGGAGGAAAAAGUUCGCCAGGAAGCUGAACGUAAGCGAAGAGAAGAGGAAAGGAAUAAACAAGAAGAGGAACUUCGUAAAAGAGAAUUGGUAGAGUCAGCUGAGAGAGAUAAACGUGAUUCUGAGCUGACCGUCAAGAGACAAAUUGCGCGUAGUGCUGAGAAAGUGUCUACUUGUGUUGAACAAACAGACAUGAAUGGUGAACUAGAUGAUAGAGAAAGAGAGGAAAGGGAGAGAAGAGAGCGAAGUGAGGUACUUAGAAGGCAACGAAGCGAGGAAGCUCAAUCACUCAUUGCAAAACGCACAAUCAAUGCAAGAGCAAUUUUUGAAAAAAAUACAUCAGCUGGUCAAUUAAGUAGUUUAGGGCGUCGUGCCUCUUUCCAACCAUCCAGCGAUACAUCUAAAGUCAAGAAUGGCAUCCCUAGCCCCGAGACAGUAAUUCCUCCUCAAAAUGUAAAUAGAAAGUCCUCUUUACCUUCUUGGCCGCCUGCACAAAUGGCAGUCCCAUCUCAGCCAACUGAACAACCAAUAGCAGAAGUUGUGUCAGUGGAUGAGACUGUUCAGCAGACAGAAGAAAUCCCUGCCGAGACUUCAGUUCCCUCAAGUGAAGAUGACCGUGAUUGGGAAUCUGAGGACUCACAGACUGGUACCAUUGUGCGAAAAUCUCACAAGAAAAGUACAGAUAUAUCUGAGGAAACAGUUGACCCAAAGCUCACCAAGGAAACCACAGUACAAACAACUGUACAACCAACCAUUGUGCAGGAGACAGACUCUGUUUUCUUGAAUGGUGGCUCUUCAGCAUUGGAUGAUGAUGACGAUGAUGACGAGGAUGGUGAUUUAGGACUUAAAGCAAGAGCCCUUUAUGAUUACCAAGCCGCUGACAAUACGGAGAUAACUUUCUACCCUGGUGACAUCAUUACUCACAUUGAACAGAUUGAUGAGGGCUGGUGGCAGGGCUUCUCUCCUGACGGUACUUUUGGACUGUUUCCUGCUAAUUAUGUGGAACUUUUGGACUAGUUGAAGGUAAGGGGGUCAACAAGAGGGUGUGGAACAACUUUACUCUUCCAUUGUCUUCUGUCUCAUGCUCACAUUUACGUACAUGUAAGUAAAGUAAGACAGUCUCUUUGAUCUAAAUCGAACUGUUUCACUUUAAUUAGUAGCCCAGUACAGGUAUGUCUUGAUUGUUUAGUCUGUUUAGACAUGUCAUUCCAACUGUCUGCAAUGUAAGAUUUUUGUGUACAUAGUAUAUUAUUAACUUUCCUUUUAUCUGUCAAUAUGUUACUCACUGCUCUCUGUUGACAAACAACCUUCCCCAUUUGGAUGAAUUUUCUUCAUUAAUCAAAAAUCGUAUAUCUAAUUCUAAAUUUAUCGUACACCUCAGGGUAGUCAACCAACUAAGAAGUCAGGGAAAAGUCAGGGGAUUGGAAAGUUGGGUACAAUGUCAAAUUUUCGCACUUUUUUGUUAUUUUAUGGUUUUUGAGACAUUGUAGGGUUUUGUGAGGCUAGACUGUUCGAAAUUCCAAUCAAAGUAAGGGAAAUGUUCUGGAAACAUCUGGGAACUCGAUCACGUAAGGCCUUUAUGUAUUUAUGUCAAUAUGCUCUUCAAUUUGAAGUGUUCAUUCACUUACUUACAAUGUGUUAAAUCAAGCAAGUUUAGGAGAUUGGAUUUUUCGUUUAUACCUACUUUUAAUAUUCUGGCACAUAUAUAUAGUGCUACUUUUUAGUAGUACUCUGUUAAUAAUUCCAAGGAUUUUUUGUACCUAUUUUAUUUUAUCUGUUGAAUUUAUUUUUUAGAAAAGUAUUACUUAUUGAUCAACCUAAUCCAUGAAGUCAUGCUCCUUUUCUAUACAGUAUUCUAAGAAAUCAUGUUAACUUAUUUAAUGGAGUGUAUUGUUCUCUUAUAUCUAGAACAUAAUUGUUUUAAAAAGUAACAAUUACCCUUUGGAGUGCCAUCAUAAAUGUGUUUUGCAAAUUUCUGUUUUAACCUAUGAUCAGCUUUGAGCAGCAAUACCUUGUGUAUGUAUGUGUAUCUAAAGUUUUUGUCUAGAUUAGUUACAUAUUGAAAUUAAUUAUAAACAGUGUUAUGUUGUAAAUUUAUUUACAACUUUCAAUUGACAGAUGUAUUUACUGUUCCUAUAAAAUGUGCUGCUCUUCUCAGUGCAUGUUUUCAAAUUACAUGUUUGAAGUAUACAUGUAACCAGCAAAACUUGCAUUAUGUAGGCGGCACCAUCCAAAGGAACUUGUAGAAUUCUAUAGUAGAAUGAGUCGAACUGUACAGGCAAUUGUUGUUUGUUUGUUUUUUGUUUGGUGUAUAGUACUUGUCUUUUAAUUCUAAAAGCAAUUUUAUUAGCCCCGAUGGAAGUAUAAUUUUUCUUCCUCCAUCAACUAAUGUUUUACCAAUUGGAGUUUAUGAAUAAUAUCCAUAUCUGUCUGAUAAAAAUGACAUCAUUUUGUGUACAAUGAAUCAAUGAAUUUUAUUUACCUCUGUCUUUUUGAGCCUUUGUUAAAAUAAAGUAUUUGUUAUUUAUUACUUCAA